GGGCAUGUGCCAGUCAUGUCCUGAUACAGUGUAGGUGUGCCGGUCGGAAUGUUCAUGGAAUUUAGAACAAUAUUUGGCGUAUUUUUUAUUGAACAAUGACUAGUUAGGAUUUUUUUUUUGUUUUGUUCGGUAAACAGUAAAUAAGGGAGGAUAAGGGAGUGAUACAGUAAGGGAGGAUUAUGGCUUGGUCAUAUGUGACCCUGGUUAUACAGCUCUGGAUUCUGAAAACCACAGGUCAAGAUACUCAAGUCACCUGCAUCAUCUCUGAGCGUUGCAUCCUUCCUUGUUCCAUUGAACCCCAUGGUGGUAUUGAGGUGAUCCACUGGUACCACACUAAAAACAGUGAUAAUCCUGUUCAUAGUUAUUAUCACGGAAAGGACCAACUAAAACUCCAGGACAAAGCGUAUAGUGGAAGGACAUCUUUAUUUACAGACAAGAUAUCUUCUGGGAAUGUUUCACUCUCGUUAACUGGCGUGAAGACACAAGAUGAGGGCAGGUACAAAUGCUACACCAGCACCAAAAACGGGAAUGACGAGCAAUUUGUAAAAGUGGUCGUGGAAGGUUCAUUCAAGUCAGUGGAUAUAACAGUGGUCAGUGACAAACUCACAUGCAGCUCUGAGGGCCUCUAUCCGGCUCCCACCCUCACCUGGUCUACUGACCCGCCCUCACCGAUACAACCAGAGAAGGCACCUGAGACCCAGCAAAAUGCCCAGGGCUUGUUCUCGAUAGCGAGCAGUGUGCAGAAGACGUCCGACAGCACUUAUAUCUGCACUGUAACAGCAGGGCACAUCACACGGACAUCAUCACUGAAACAGCAGAGCCUCAGUGCUAAGGGAGGUGAGGCACUGGUCAUUCCCUGCAGUGUCCCAGGGCCAAACACAAACCUCAAGGACUUCACACUCACCUGGCUCUUCAAUAAGGACACAGUACUCACCUUUGACGGUCAGGUUCAAAUGUCCAAAACAUGGCGACACGAUGUGAAGUAUGCACCCCAAGAAACAACAAUUAAACUCCUCAAACCCUUGAGUGGGACAUUCAGCUGUGAAGUAGUUACGACCGAGUUCAGACACUUUGAACAAACAGAAGUCCUUCUGCAGUCUGGAAGAGGCUCUGGAGGUACUCACCCAGCUGCAAUAGCUGUACCUGUGGCUGUGGUCAUAGUUGGCCUUGUAAUAGUAGGCAUAGUUGUUCUACAAUGCAAAAGAAAAGGUGAAGCUAAGCAGAAAUCUGAAACAGACAAGAAAGAUCACGAGUCACAACGCCUGAACAACAGCAAUCAAUCUUAGAAUAAAAGGAAAUAGCAAGCAAAUCACGUGAUUCUUCCAGAACAAACCAGAGGAAGAGGUGAGCACCAUCAAGAGAGGGGGAUCUGAGGGAAACAGCAUACUACUGUAUGUCUGAGCAGAAGACUAUAUGAUGUUUCUAUUGUUUGAUCAUUUUAUUUUUUUAUAAUGCUGCACAUUGUUGUGUGGAACAAAAUGAAGGAUUGAACAAAGUGUCUGAGCUGUACAAAAAAAAAAAAAGUGAUUGUAAAGUUAUUGUAUGGGGAUGAGGAUAGUGAUCAUCAUGUGAAAUCACAACACUUAGCAGGUCUGGCUAUCACUACGCUGCAUUCUAGCAGGAGGUAACUUGAGUCUCAUACUGCAGAGUUUUAUUAGACUCGAAACUGAGAGGCAGCAACAUACCAAACAGGUGACUCAGGAAGCUGCACCAAGAGCAAAGCUGCAUUUUUGUUGUUUUUGAUGUGCCAUUAAAUGAUUGUGAAUGACAACCAAUGAGCUUUAUACAUGUUUUGUGUGUCUACUGUACAUGUAUUUUCUAAAUGCUGCUGUGGUUUUUUUCGACAAUGCUCUGUGUUUUCUGGGUUAAGAGAUACUUUGUGAGCGCUUGUGUUAUCAGAUAACUUUGGCAUGUUGCUGAGCCUGUUCCAUUCAGAGAGGACACAAAUAUCUUAGUGUGUGUCAUUACAAAAAAAUCUUUGCUGUGUGGUGGUCAGAAGGGCACUAUUUCUAACAUACGUGCAUCGCCCUCUCAUGGUCAGAUCUAAAACUGCCUGAAAUGUGAAAAUGUGCUCUAAUGUUAAAACCCUAUAAAUCCUUGCAAUGUAACUUGUCAAUAGGCAGCUUGAACUAUAAAAGGAGGGUUAGAGAUUAAAAUAAAUAGUUCAUAACAGAAGUUAGUGGUUGAAGUGUUGACUGUGAGCUCCACUGUAUUAUGUAUAAAGUACAUUGUGUGGAUUACUGGGCAGCUUCAUGAUGUAAUUUUAAUCAAUAUAAUUUGUAAAAUGUGAUAUGACCAUUCUCUGGAAUGAACAAUAAAUUGAUUACACAUUUUUAUUGA